AUGGAUACCUCCACCAGUGUUACCAACAGUUCCAGCCCUCAGAUUUCCCACUUCAUCCUGAUGGGUCUCCCAGGCAUUCACGAGUGGCAGCACUGGCUCUCUGUGCCCCUGGCUCUGCUCUACCUCUUAGCUCUUGGUGCCAAUCUCCUCAUCAUGAUCACCAUACAAUGUGAGCCCACACUACAUGAGCCCAUGUACAAUUUUCUGGGAAUACUGGCAGUGGUAGACAUUGGUCUGGCCACCACUGUCAUGCCCAAAAUUUUGGCUAUCUUUUGGUUUGAUGCCAAGGCCAUCAACCUCCCUGAGUGUUUUGCUCAAAUCUAUGCCAUCCACUCUUUCUUGUGUAUGGAGUCUGGCAUCUUCCUCUGCAUGGCAGUGGACAGAUAUGUGGCCAUCUCUCACCCCCUCCGAUACCCUUCUAUAGUUACUGACAUUUUUGUGGUCAAAGCCACAGGAUUCAUGGUGCUCAGGAAUGGCCUGUUGACCAUUCCAGUGCCUGUCCUGGCUGCCCAGAGACACUACUGCUCCAGGAAUAAGAUUGAACACUGCCUCUGCUCUAACUUAGGAGUGAUCAGCCUGGCUUGUGAUGACAUCACUGUGAACAAAUUUUAUCAACUAGUCUUAGCAUGGAUCCUGGUUGGGAGUGACAUGGCUCUGGUGUUUUCUUCCUAUGCUCUAAUCCUCAGCUCUGUACUGAAGCUGAGCUCAACAGAAACAAUGUCCAAGGCUUUGAGCACCUGCACUUCCCACCUCAUCCUGAUUCUCUUCUUCUACUCAGCUAUCAUUGUGCUAUCUGUCACACACCUAGCAGAGAAAAAGAUUCCCCUUAUUCCUGUACUCCUUAAUGUGCUGCACAAUGUCAUCCCCCCUGCACUCAACCCCAUGGUCUAUGCACUCAGGAUGCAGGAGCUCAGACUGGGCUUCCAGAGACUGCUCAGGCUGGGUGAAGAUAUAGCCACCAAGUAA